UAGGGUUUAAGGAGCUCCAGGUAUGAGAGCGAUCAGAUUGCCCGAUCCGCCGGGCGUGAGCGUGAGCCAUGCGACGCCAGAGAUUUUCGAUCGGGGAUUGUCAACUGUGGUGCGCCGCGCGGUCAUCAUCGGCAAUGGCGCCGCUGGAGCUGAGCAUCAAUCCAUUGGUUUGGUCCGGGCGCUCGGUCUUGCCAGCAGCUACACCAUCUAUCGUGUGGAUCGACCAACGGGUGAAUUCAAUCGUUGGCUCCGAUGGCUGCCGCUUGGAAUUCACAAGAAGAUCGACUGCUUGGUGCGGCACUUGCAUCUCGUAUGGUGGCAACGCUUUGCUACUUCGCUGGGAUUCCGGCUUCAAAGCCAGAAAACCAUUGGCAUCAGUAGCGCGGGUUUGAGUGGCAUCGAAGCAGCCGAUGCGAAGAAACUAGCCGAUCUGGCAAACCUGGAGAGUGCAAGGAAUGGACCUUUGCUUGUUCUUGCGGCCGGGCGUGACACGGUUUCCAUUGCCGAGAGUGUGAAGAAGCUGGCUCCUGGCGCUACCUUUGUUGUUCAGAUACAACACCCCAGGCGCUGCUUGGAUAACUUCGACAUGGUCAUCACACCCGUUCACGACUAUUACACGCUUAGCCCGGCUGCGCGACAGGAAGCUCCCAGAUUCUUGAUACCGUUUCUCACUCCACACCAGCCUCCUGAUAAACGCGUCGUGCUUACAGUGGGAGCUCUACAUCUUGCGGAUCCUUCCAUGUUGCGCUCAGCUGCAGAAACCUGGCAUUCACUGCUCGCGCCGCUUCCAAAGCCAUUGCUGAUUGUGAACAUCGGCGGGCCUAUGCGAUGUUGUCACUAUGGCCAGGACCUUGCCCAGGAACUUGCGUCCAAGCUGAAACGCGUGCUAUCCUCGUGCGGAAGUGUUCGCAUCUCAUAUUCACGACGAACACCGGCUAAGGUGUGUGAUGUUAUCCAGAGAGAGCUCGGCGAUCUCCCAAACGUUCACAUCUUCGACGGCACUGGUCCAAAUCCACACUUGGGACACCUUGCGUGGGGGGAUGCCUUUGUCGUCACAGCAGACUCGAUCAGCAUGUUGAGCGAGGCGUGUAGCACAGGGAAGCCCGUGUAUGUUCUUGGAGCCGAGAGAUGUACAUGGAAGUUUCGAAGUUUCCACAAGAGCUUGAGACACAAAGGAGUGGCAAGGAACUUCACCGGACUAGAAGAUAUAUCUGAGAGCUGGAGCUAUCCUCCUUUGAGUGACAAUGCCGCUGCGGCCGAGAGAGUCCGUGCCGCAUUGGCAGAGCGUGGAUGGAGCUUGGCAUCGUAGAGAUGUAGACACUCUUCUUCUCCUUCUCUGGAAUAAAAAGCUUGGAAUUUUUCGCUGA